AUGCCUUCAAACGAGACUCUUUCCAAUGGCAACGGCCUCGCCCAGGAAUACUCAUUCCCACCUGGUAUCCAUGUCCCGUCAUUGACCUGGUUUAAGAGUGACGAGAGGCAAGAUAUCGACUGGGAUGUUCAAGAGAAGCACUUCGAGUUCCUGAUCUCCAAUGGUCUCCACGGCAUCGUCAUUGCAGGCACAAAUGGUGAAGCAGCGACACUCUCGUCUGCCGAGAAGAUACAACUAGUCCAGCAGGCACGCAAGACAGCACAAAGACUAGGUCGCGGCGACCUGCCCAUCACACUCGGCGGCGUAGCAGGCUCAACACGCGAUGCGAUACAGCAGACUAUUGAGGCGAAGGAUGCAGGUGCAAGCGCAUUCCUUGCGCUCGUGCCCUCAUACUUCCACUUCGCGAUGAACCAGGACGCAAUUGUUGCUUUCUUCCAAGAGCUGGCGGAUACAAGCCCCAUCCCUAUCGUCCUCUACAAUUUCCCAGGUGUCGUAGCUGGCCUAGACAUCAACUCUGAGAUGCUAGACAUCCUAGGCAAGCACCGCAAUAUCGUAGCUGUCAAGCUCACAUGUGGCGGUAUUGCUAAGGUUGCAAGGAUAUCCGCUUCUUUCAACAAGUCAGAGUUCGUUGCAUUGGCUGGACAGAGCGACUGGUUGAUUCCAGCCUUGAGCGUGGGUGGUGUGGGCACAAUCACCGGCGUUGCAAACUUGUACCCCAGGACUUGUGUACACAUGUUCGACCUCUACCAAUCUGGCAAGCAUGCUGAGGCCUCCGCUCUCCAAGUCAAGUUGUCAGUCACCGAAUGGGGUUUUGGGAAGAGUGGCAUCAACGGCACCAAGUACGUGGUCGCACAUAAGAGAGGAUAUCCAGAGUCGAGCGCAGACUGCAGGAGGCCGUACCCCCGGUACACUGACGAGGAAAAGAGGAAAUGGGUCGUCAACCAAGUGUCUGGGCUUGAUGAGAUUGAGGCGUCGUUGUAG